GCAACGAGGGUUACAGAGACGGCAGGUGGAUCCGCGCACACUAUUCGAGGCCGUGCAAGAUGAAGCGGAGGGUCCUCGUCGCGCUCCUCGCCCUCGCCGUCGUUCUUCUCGUCUUCUCCGUCGUUCACAAGGAGGUAGGAUUGUUAUUGGACUCUAUGGAGAAGUGGCGCCAAAAACUGUUGAAAAUUGUAAAGCUCUCUUCACAGAGCACGUAUGAUUUGGUAGCAGGUAAAAAGGGCAACAGAAUUGGUGUAAGAAAUUAUCACUACAAGGGUACAAAAUUUCAUCGCGUAGUUUCCGGUUUUAUGAUACAAGGUGGCGAUAUCACUAACAGUAAUGGCAGGAGCAGUGAAUCUAUCAUGGUGGCACCUUUCCUGAUGAGAACUUCACCAUAAAGCAUUCACGUGCAGGAAUUGUUUCAAUGGUGAACAGGGGGCCUGAUACCAAUGGAUCCCCGUUCUUCAUCACCACAGUUAAGGCUAGCUGAUGGGGAGCAUGUUGCCUUUGGAAGGGUUAUUCAAGGUACGGAUACGUUCUUUGCAACUGAUGGAGGAGCAGGAACAUACAUACAAUGGGAAGCCGAGGAAGAAGGUUGUCAUCGUCGACACAGGAGAGAUACCAAAGCACCGAUGGGAUGAAGAAAUCAGCCGCUUUUGCUUCCUUGCCACCCCAUGCUGUUGCUGCAAGAGUAGUAGGAGUUAGUGGUUCUUGAGGGCUAAGGCUACACCACCACAUUGCUCGUGUAAACCUUGUUAAUGUGCCUUUGAAGUCAUCACUUAAUCAAACGGGGUCUUAACCCUUUCGCUUCA